CCCGAGUGAGUAAAACGCGUUAGCGAACGACCAUUAUACCAAAGUUACAUUUUCAUGCAGUCGGCGACUUACGACACCGCAUGCAGCAGCCCGUGAAUUUAAAAAGUUGAAAAAAAAAAAAUAUUAAUCCGUCAUCUGUGUCAAAUUUUGAAAUUAGAACCGUUCCGCCGGGAAUCUCGAAUUGUGUUUGUGGUGUGUUCGUAUUUUAUUUUAUUUUUUUUCUAAAAUUUGUGCAACUGAAAUGUGAGUGAGUGUCUUCGGGAAAAUAUUUUUCGGAUAUACUGAGACCCCAGCUCGUCCCCGGAACAGAUCUCUCCACCAUGGGUCACAAGCAGUACUUGGCUGUGGGACAGUCGGCGAGGACCAGACUGUUUGGUCUGGCGCGAGACCGCACCGUGCCACUGAACAUGAUGAUAUCACAACAAGGGAAACUUAAUCAUGGUCGACUUGCUGUAAUAACGUUCAGUAUCUUCACAGUUGCAAUUGGUAUACUCCUGUCUUUUGUGCCUUGGCUCGAUUACAUCAUAUUCAGGGAACUGAAGAUCUGGAACGGCUCCCUGAGCUACAGUUACUGGCAGAAGCCUGGAGUCACCAGGCUCACCAAGGUCUACAUCUUCAACGUCACAAACCCCCAGGGGUUUCUGGAGUUUGGGGAGAAACCCAGGCUGGUUGAAGUUGGCCCUUUUGUUUACAGAGAAGACAUGGAGAAGGUGAACAUACGUUUCCACGAUAACGACACAGUGACAUACCAACACAACAAGAUCCUUAGAUUCGUUCCUGAGAUGUCUGUGGACAAGAGUCAGAAACUUGUUGUGCCUAACAUACCUUUGCUGACCGUAACCUCCUUCUCGCCUAACCUCGCCGGAUUCCUCUUCAACCUUUUGGUCUCCGGCCUGGCGAUCACGUACAAGGACAGAGCCAAGCCCUUCGUCCAGGUCACGGCUGAAGAACUAGUUUUUGGAUACAAUGAUCCAUUGGUAACUCUUGCGCAUAUCUUCUAUCCAAAAGGGAAGCGGCCCAAUAGUCAAAUGGGGCUUUUGCUCGCUAGAAAUGGUACGCUAGAUGAGGUGUCAACAAUAUACACUGGACAGACUUCCAUGAAACGAUUUGGCUACCUGGACAAGAUUAACGGGGCUGAUCAUCUUCCACAUUGGAAGGACAGGCCUUGUAAUAAUAUUAGAGCGUCAGAAGGCUCGUUCUUCCCGCCGAGGUCGGUGACUAAGGAAGACAUAGUCCACAUUUACGACAAGGACCUGUGCAGGAUUCUGCCGCUGCAAUACAGAGGGGAUGUAUACAAAGAUCACAUCCAGACUGGACUAUACACUCCUCCGAGCUCCACCUUCGAAUGUGCCGACGUGAACCCAGACAACAAAUGCUACUGCCAAGAUGAGAAAUGCCCUCCACGGGGGCUUCAGAACAUCAGCCCCUGUCAAUACAACGCGCCGGUGUACCUGUCAUAUCCUCAUUUCUAUGAUGCUGAACCAUCGCUUCUGGACGAUUUUGAGGGUCUGAAGCCGCAGAAGAAGAAACACGAGACAUAUUUCAUGAUACAGCCCAAAAUCGGCGUUCCCCUGGAGGGCUUCGUGAGGGUGCAGCUCAACCUGAAGGUGGAUCGAGCCCCGAACAUCAUGAUCAACAAUAUCAACAAGUUUCCCGACAUUAUCUUCCCCGUCAUGUGGAUUGAAGAGGGCAUUCACGAAGUGACCACUCCAAUUUGGCGUUGGAUCUUCCUCGCCACAACUUUCGGUCCGGUCGCUGCGCCGUUCCUGUCCUACUCAAUGAUCGCAUUCGGAAUCCUCACGUUGAUCAUUUGCUUCGUGAGAGCAUACAAGAACUUCGUGAUCCCACAAAAUUCCAUAGAGAUUGUCGAAAUGGGGAGGGAAACAAUACGAAGGGGUUCCACUCUCAUAAUUCACAGUUCACAGAAAUUAUUGCCUCAUAAGGAUACGUCUUAUCAGCUGUUGAAUCCAAUACCUUCCACGCCUAAUAUAUCAAAAGCGGAAGAGUUAGAGAAGUUACAAGAAUUGAAUGUUGUUAAAAAAGAACUGAGCCAAAGUUUGGACGAGUUGAAAAGUGAUUUUGUGAGGACAAACUUUUGUGACAUUGAAAGAGAAUCUUUGAUUAGGGCGGAUAAUUCGUUUAUUCUAUCGGAAUUAAGGAGAUAUAGUUUGUUAAGAAUUUCCGAGGAUUUGUAGGUUGUUUUUUGUUGUACGUGUGAUAACUCUGAACCGUGUUUUCGUGUUGGUACCUAAAUGAAUGCGUAUUUGCUGAAAAUCGCAAAAGAUACAAACUGAAAAUAAAAUUUGAAAGCAACUCGUAGGAAUUCACUAUCACGUCGUCAAAAUAAAUUUAGGAAAUAAAUAAAAAAUCCAGAAAUGGAGAAAUAGAAUUGACUUUUUGUCUUAAGAUGAAUAAAAAAUCCAAAAUUAUUAUAGCUUUUAUAAAAAUAAUUUAAAAAUAACGGGAAUUUCAUACAUUGUUAGUAUUUUUUAUCUAAUAACAUUGGAAAUUGAUUUGAAUAUAACCUUUAAGUGGAUCCAUGUACAAAGAUUAGUUCACAGUUGGAUUUUACUAUUUUUUUAUUUAUCUUUAUAACACAGUUAAAAUCCCAAGUUUAAAUUUAAACAUAAUUGCUACUGCACUACGAAAAUAUGAAACACGGUUUUUGUUUUUGGUUAUACUAAGGUUGUGUUAUGGACUGAAUGUAAAGGUUCCAAUUUUUGCGGAAUCUUACGAGAUAAAUGAAAAUUUGCUCAUUAUUUUAUUCGGAUGGGACUAGAUUAAAAAUCUGUCACGUUUCUAUAAGUGGAAUUUGACUUUAUAUAUCAAUUGGUUUAGGUAUUUCUACCAGUGGUAUACUUGAUAAAAUUAUAUGUUAUUAUGAUAAAUUUUGUGAUAAUUCUACAUUCCAUCUUUACUGAAAUCUCAAUGUGAUCUGAAUCUAGUUUACAACAAUAAUUAAUUUCGUAUGAGUGAAACGAUGAUUUUAUCAAUUAAGUUCUACACUAACAAGUAAGUUCCAUCCUUAGUUUACGUAUAUUGGCCAAAUUUUGAUAUUUUAAUAGAUAAUAAUUGUAAACUUUGUUAUUUUCUAAAAUGGCUACAUAUUUUAGUUAAAAAGACUGUAAACAGCCGUUUUACAAAAUGACUCUUUAUGUUAUCGUAAAUUAAAUUCUACAUUUCGGCAUUGAUUAAGGCUUAUAAGACAUUUUCACUUUUUGUUUUUUUUUUUAAUUAAAUACAGAACUAAUGCUGCAUCUUUAAAUGUUAGAAUAUUAAAAAAAAACUACAAAAAAUAUUGGAGUAAGUGGAAAUGGGCGGCAAAUCUCUGCCUUUACUUUUUUUUAAUGAAACCAUUUUUUUUCUUUUGACGUUUUAAUUCAAUUUAUGAUCUUGGAUGUCCUGAUAUGAUUUCUUGAUUUUCAUAAUGCUUGAAUUUUCUAAGAUACUUGAAAAUUAUGAACAAAUGAUCCUAGUCUAUAUUUGAUUAAAAAUAGAAUCAUUGUAUUUCUUAAAAUUUUCAAAUCGAUAGUCUAAUUACGAAAUACAAACAAUACUUUUGUCUGUUCUUGCUGUGAAUAAAAAAUGUUCAAGAUGAAUAUUUAAAAAAUCGCACAACACUACAAAUACUUACAUUUUUAUUUUAAUAGAAAAUAUGUUAUUUCUAUUUUCUCUAUAAAGUCUCUUAAAAUGAACUUUCCUUUCGAAAAGCCUACAAUACAAAUAAGAAAUGUAAUUGGAACUAAUAGAUCGUAAUUUUAAUUAUAAUAAAUAAAAUUAUACCGAAUUUAAGCAAAAUAUUGAAAAUUCUUGUGAAGACUGGUAAAUAUAAUAAAAAUGCACAAAAUUAUAAUUAUUCUUUUUGAACCGACGUAUAGUUUAUUCAUUCAUAUAUAAUACUUGCUCAAUUUUACAUUGAUAUUUUAUACAACAAAUACCUAUGUAUGUUAAUUAGAAAUAAUAAAUUUAUUUUUACUAUAAUAUUUAAAAAAAAUUAUGAUGACAAUAUCAACGGCAAAAUGACCAAUUAAUUGAUUAUUUUUUUAAAUAAUAUCAAUGAUUGUUUAGAAUGUGUUCAGUGUAUGGAGAAUUCUAUUUUAAUAAUAAAAUUUACUUUAAUAAAGCAAUUUAAUAUUCCGUUAUACAAUUUAAUGAGAAAUGCCUUAUUUACACGAGUUACAAAAUAUGUAAUAUCCAUUUUGUAUAAUAUUUGCCUGUUAUCUUUGCCUAGUAAUUUCAUAUGAAGGACCCAUUAAAAGCUUUAAUGCAGUAAGACUUUUUGCGUCAAUCCUACAAUGAAUACAGUCCAUUUGUAUUUUAUAAGAGGGUUUUAAGGACUAUAUUUCUAUGAAUUUAGUUUUACAAUUGUAAAUAUAAUAUUAA